AUUAGGUCGACACGCCUCAUAUCAGCGGACGGAACACUUUGUUUGGCAUGUAGUUCAUUAUUAGCACACAUGUUAAGUAACACACAGAGACUCGAGGAAUAAUGUGUUCUGCCUUCACUGCUGUUUGUCAUCUAUGUCUUUGGGGGUUUCUGGCGGAGGUUGUCUGGUGUUCAGCAGAUGAUGGAGAUCAGUUUGAUGUGGUGAGACCUCAGAGGAUCCGACCACAGACGCAGUCUAAUGAGAUGUUUCCUGAUGGACUCUCAUAUCACUUAUUCUUUGGAGGGAGAAAUCACACCAUUCAUCUACAGAAGAACCGGCAACUAAUCGCACACAAUUAUACAGAAAUCUACUACGGAGACGAUGGAUCUGUUGUAAGCAGAAAUCCAAAUGUGAAGGACAGCUGUUAUUAUCAGGGUCACGUUGAGGAUGUGGAGGACUCUUCGGUCAGCGUGGGAAUCUGUUCUGGGAUCAGGGGUUUAGUGCGACUGAAGGAGCAGAUGUAUGUGAUUAAACCUGUGAGUGAUGCAGAUCAUGUGAUGUAUAAACAUCUGAGACACAAGAGAAACACUUUCACCUUCACUCAAGCUCCAGCCGUCGCCUCCUUAAAGUCCAGCAGAUGGAGAAAGAAAAGCUUUAACACCCCGAGAUAUGUGGAAUUGUUUCUGGUGGUGGAUAACACUGAGUAUCACAACUUCAAGUGUAACAUGGACACCAUCAGAGAGAGAAUGCUGGAGGUUAUCAAUCACGUUGACAAGCUGUAUCGUCCUCUCAACAUUCGGGUUGUGCUGGUGGGUUUGGAGGUUUGGAGCACACAGGAUCAGAUUGUGAUCAGCGUGAGUUGUGAUGACACUCUGAGCCGCUUUGUUGAGUGGAGAAAGACAAGUUUAUUGGCACGAGUCAAACAUGACAACGCUCAGCUUGUGACUGGCAUUGAUUUUUUGGGUGACACAGUCGGGCUGGCAAACAGAUUUGCCAUGUGUGGAGAAAAGUCGGCGGGUGUCAAUCAGGAUCAUAAUGAGAAUCCACUGGGUCUGGCGUCCACGAUCGCUCAUGAGAUGGGUCACAACAUGGGCUUAAGUCACGAUCAAGAGCACUGCACCUGCGGCACACAAAACUCCAUCUGUAUCAUGAAUGAUUUUGUGAGCAAAGUGUUCCCAGACCUGUUCAGUGACUGCAGUCUGGAGCAGAUGAGUGUGUUUCUAGACAAUGUGAACCCCGUCUGUCUGCUGAACCCCCCCGCCUCAGACGGACUGUUCGGCGGGACUUUGCGCUGUGGGAAUGAUUUUCUAGAGGACGGAGAGGAGUGUGACUGUGGCAGUGUGCUGGAUUGUGACAAUCCGUGCUGUGAUGCCGCCACCUGCAGACUCACUGAAGGCUCACAGUGCGCUCAUGGAGACUGCUGUGACAACUGCCAGAUGAAGUCAGCAGGGAGUUUGUGUCGUGACUCUGUGAAUGAAUGUGAUCUUGUGGAGUAUUGCACGGGACUGUCACAUCAGUGUCCACCCGAUGACUUUCACAUGAACGGCCUUCCCUGCAGCUCACAGGAGGGUUACUGUUAUAACGGCCGAUGUCCCACUCACCUUCAACACUGUCACAGUCUCUGGGGAACAGGUGCUACCGUGGGUUCUGAUUCAUGUUUUUAUCUGAAUACAUUUGGUAGAAAUGAUUCUCACUGUGGAAGGACCAAAGAUGGCUACAGAGCCUGUUCCAAAGAAAGCAUGCAUUGUGGAAAGAUAUUUUGUGUCGGAGGGAACGAAUAUCCAUUCACGGGUCAGAAAGCCAUCAUCUCGACCCUCAGAGGAUUAUGUCAUAUAGCCGGAGACGGAUCCGAGGGCAACAAUCUCAGUAUGGUUCCUACUGGAACAAAAUGUGGACCCAAUAAGGUUUGCUAUGAUUUCACGUGCCAGGACGUGAAUGUUUACGGCAGUGAUGAAGGCUGUUCGCUCAAAUGCGGUGGAAGAGGGAUCUGUAACCAGAAGAAGGAAUGUCACUGUGAUCCGGGCUGGGCUCCACCUUACUGCCAUCUUCAAUAUUCACAACUCACUUCCAGACGAGCGAAGACUGUGGGCAUCUCCGUAGCAGCUGCAGUGGUGUUUCUCCUGCUGGUGUUUGCAGUGUUUUAUUAUAAAAGAAGAAAAGCCAUCAGGCACAAGACUGAAGAUCUCUCAUCAGGACAGAUGAAUCUUCUUCAUGAUGUCAUCGCUGUGAGGAGAAAUCCUCUUGACAUCAGCGAGCCGGUCUUCAUGGAAAGCUCUGUGACUCUACCAACACGACCCACUCGAGCUGCCCCGCCUCCGGUUCCUACAACAUUCAUACUCAAACUGUCCAUUUAUUAUAUUCAUAACCUUCACUUUCUUCAUGUUUUAAAAAGUGGGCAAUACAGUGUGAUGUCCUCCUCAACCAAAGCAGAUCAGAGUCACACAGGGAAUAAAGUCAAGUCCUCCACCUGUUCCUCCACUCAAACCAUCUCCAGCAAACAGAUCCUUUAAAACUGAUCAGGAAACACUGAAGGUUCCCAUUAAACCUCCCAUCAUUCCAAGAAAAUGAGCUGCAAAGAUGUCGUCAUUUGACUCGCCUGAACAAAUGACUCACUUUCCUGCACACUCUUUGACCUUCAAUUCAUUUGUCUAAUACAUGACAAUAUAUAUAACAUUAUAAAAUAUUUUAUUUAUUACUUUUAUAUGCGAUUUUAAAUUAAGUCACUGAAUUGUAUGGAGUUGUGUGAGUGUGUCUUUGUGUUAGUCCUGUGAUGGAUGCUGGGAUACCGAUCAUUAAAGAAAAAUAAAUAGAAAAUAAUACAAAUAGAAAAUUGGCAUCACAUUUUGGUUAUGAUGAGUAGUGUCGCUCUUCAGUUGGAAUUAUGUUGUAAGUUUAGUUGAAAAUGU